UCCAUCACGCCAGUCACACGGCAGCUCCAGUAUGCAGGUGUGUUGCCCGUGUACGCAUGCAUGUGUAUAUGUACAUAGAUGCAUACAUACACAUACAUAGACACUCUCAUCUACCUGCCUGCCUACAUACAUACAUGGCACGCUCGACAACCUUGACAACUGCCCCUCGUCCUCCUCCUCCUUCAUGCGUUGCCGUGUCAUCCAGAACCAGCACCGUGGUCAUUAUCGUGCUCGUUAUGAACUCUUUUUCUUGCAUUCCCGGUCCAGAGUUUGCUUUUUUCCCCCCCUUUCGCCUGUUGACGUGGUUCUAUGGGAGGCGGAUGGAGCAGUGUAGUAGAUACCUAUUGCAGGUAGAUCGGUGCCAAGCCCGUGCCGUCUUUACGCCAUCACCUCUGUCAGUCCCUUAGCAGCGCCUCGUUAUUGCUCCCCUCUCCCAAUCACCUGCCUCCCCCUCCACCUCCUCAUCUCGUGUGCUCAUCCGUGGCGCCUGUUGCUAGCCACCACCCUGGCCUGUCUUGUUUCCUGUAGUUACCCUACCAGAUUACCCUGAUCGGCAUCGUCCCGCCACACGCGCACCUGUCAUUCUUGGGCCCGUCGCCUGCUAUGCCAUGCUCGUUUCUGCUAUAGCCGAAUCGCCCUCAUCGCUCGACGAGAAAUAGGAAAUGGCAGAGUGCAGAAGGUAGGGCACCGUCACUCCAAACAAUGCGCUCCACACACUCGCAGGCCGCAGCCGGCCAAGCAGCGGGAGCCUACAGCCAGCGGGGUGCGGUCAUAUGCGCCUCGUUCCUUUUUUUCUCUUCCUGUUUCCUUCCAUUUUCAUUUGGCAGCAACUUCGUCAUACCGCACUAUACGUCUGCUAUGCCGUCCCGCCCGUCGCAUCGCGUGCGCCGUCUUCCGACUUGCGCUGUCCCGCUCAAUCAAAUCCAUCCAUGGAUGGACUGAGGGAUGGGGUCGACCAGGGCGAAUGCGAAGCCGAAGCCGGCCAAGUAAUGUCGGUCGGCCUCCAGCUCACGCUGCUGCUGUCAUACAAGAUGCGAGCCACCAACGCCAUCUGGUACUCAGCGCAGCCUCGGCCUUGGUUUCAAACAUGGCUUUUGUGUUCCCGACUUCGUGUCACGGGUGGAGCAAUGCCUUUCAGCCGACUCGCCUCUUGGACCGCCUCCUCCGCGCCCCAUGUCCGUUUCGACAGCGUCUUGACAUUUGGAAUUGCCGAUUCAGAGUCUCUUUGCACACUCCACUUCAAAAGCCAGGCAAAACGUAUAUUUCGUGUCCUUUGGUCGUGUUUCCCCGUCUGUCUGCGCAGUGCAAACCAAACCCACUUGCCAGGCGAAUCACAUCUUGACCCCCUCGCUCUCGCUGCAUGA